AUCAAACGGGCAGCGAACACGUGCGGUAGUCAAUUCGAGCCAACGAGUCGAGUAUCGUUUUGAGUCUAACAGAGACAGAGUUUCUGUAUACGUGCGUGUAUGUGUGUGAGUGUGUGCUUUGAAGCGCACGGUUUCACAAGUGUACUGGAGGCGAUUUACGCCGUCGAAAAUGUAAAUAUUAAACAACUGUCAAAACAACAACAAUAAUAAUAACUAGUGCAAGCACAAAGUGUUACGUUCUAUAUUUAUUAGGCAAAAACAACAAUAACAACAACUUUUGCAACAAUAGCAGCAAAAGCCAGUUGAAUUUGUGCCAAAUUUUAUUCAGUGUGUGUUUACAAUUCAACCUGCGUGUGUGUUGGUGCAUUUAAUAUUUUGCCAGCUCGCAGUCACACACACAAAGAAACAAAUACAUACAGAGAGUAACACAGUAGUUUUCUUGUGUGCUUUGUCAUAGUGAAAUUGCAGCUGCCGCUUGUUUGCUUUUGUUUUGUCUUCAAGUUUUUGUUGCUGCCAAAGUCACCGUUAUAAACUAGUGCACAAAAUGUCACUGCAGAGCGUCGCAUCGUUGCAGUUUUGGUUGGUCAUUCUUUUGGGGUUAAGCCACUUUGGCACGCGUACCGAGGCACGUGCGGUAAAUGUCAGCAAUACCUGGACCAUGCCGCAGGAGGGACUCAACGUCUUCUAUCGUUUCUUCCGCGAUCGAAUAUCUUGGUUUGAGGCUGAUGCUGUUUGCCAAUUUCAUCACGCCAAUCUGGUGACCGUCGACAACAGCUUCCAAUUUGAUGCCACCAGAGAUCUACUCCGUGAGCUUGAUGUGAAUGACAUUGUUUGGAUCGGUUUAAUGAGACCGCAAAGUUCGGACCGUUUUAUGUGGUCUAAUUCCCGUCCACUGGUCACCGACACUGGCUACUGGGCUGAAUCGCUGCCACUAAUGGAUGCACCACUAUGCGCCGUUAUCGAUCCCAUACGCGAUUAUCGCUGGCAUGCGUUGCGUUGCGGCGGACCCGAGACCGCAUCGUUCCUCUGCGAAAUGCCGGUGCCUUCUUGGGCUGAUUCUUGCAUACUCAAGGAUAUGCCGAAUCUUACCAUGCAGUACAUGGCCGACACUGCAAGCAUUGAGCUGAUACGUAACUGCGCCGAGGAGGGUCUGCUGAAGCAGUCAUGCAAGGGAAAACAGGACCGCGAUCGUGCAUUACGCGAACUGAUCUGUCCACGAGAGCGUCUCGAAGCGCAACGCAUCAAUGACAUAACCAAUUCUCACUUCAAAUCGCUACAAAUUAUCAACAGUAUACGCACAGACAACAACGAGAAUAAUGACAUUGAACUGCUACCGCUAGGAGAAACAUCUUACGGCUCAGCCAGCAGCAGCGACAUCUCUGAACAAGUGCCAACCGAAAAGAAUACCGUACAGCGUCUGAUCGAACAAUUCAAUGUGGACGAUCUGAUGCAGGCCGAUGAGGCGGCAGUGCCAAUGAGCAUUUAUCACAUACCCGGUGAGAUCCCCAAAACAGUGAAGAAAGCCGCAAAGAAAGUGAUCAUAACCAAUGGUGGGGAAUACCAAAAGAAGAUUCGCACACAGAAAUAUGAUGAAAGCAGUAGUCAGUUGCCACCACCAACACCAAAACCAAAGAAGCAACAACAGUUGUUGGCACUCGAAGACAUGAUGAUGGGCGAUCAGCCACAACAAAGCGGCGAACCUGAAAUGUUGGAGCAUAUGGGACCUGAAGAUGAUGAAGUUUCGAACGAAAUAAUGGAACCGCUGCCACACAAAAAGAAGGUGUUACCACAGGAUCUGCGAACAAUGACACCCAUAACCGAGAAGUCUUCGGAGGAGAUGACACGCAGAGAAAAACCAGCACACAUGGCUGAGAGAAUGCCAACAUUCGAAACUACAUCAGCGCCAGCUACCACUACAAAAAGUAGUACUACAUGGGCCCCCACAACAACGACUACCACAACUAUUACCACCACAACAACCUCUACAACAGCAGCACCGUCAACAAGUGCGGCUAGCAGUACUACAACUCCAGACUUUGCUUCAUCCACAACUGCCGCAGAAGUGAAAAUUUCAACAACAGAAACUACCCAAGAACCUGUAGCAGUUACCACUCUACAUGCUUCCAGCGCUACAUCUGCGCAUACAGGCGAGUCCGAGACUUUUACUCACGCUUCCACCACAUCGCCCAGCAGCUCGGUAACAACACAUGCGGCACCUAAAUCGACUGAUGUCGAAGAUACGGAAUCACUUUCGAAUAUCGGUCAUCCUAUGCAUCCACAGCAGCAGCACGCCACUGGUAAACUCGACGAGUUGCCACAUCCCCAUGUUAAGGAGUUGGCAGACAAUUCACAUUUUAUACCACCAAUGUUGUUGGUGAAGUCUCAUUAUGUACCCCCGCUGAAGCACAAUGAACACGAACAUCACGGCGCGAGUUCAAAUGCGGGAUCCACUGUUCAUGAUGGACGUGGAGAUAUUCAUGUGACUACAGGUAAACCGAUUGAGGGUACAGUUCACUCCAGCAGCACGAGCAACUACACGCCCACAGCAACAACACACAGUCAUACAAUGGCCGAGAAAAGUGCUGAAACUGACGUUGAGACGAUGACCACAAUAACGGUGACCGCCACAAUGGCAGCAAUAAAAGCGGCAAUAACAAAAACAACAGCAACGGCACCAGCAGCAUCCGAGACAACCACCAACAUUGAUGGAUUGACAGGCGAGGCGAUCGAUAAAUCCACAGUACCGGUGCAGCAACAGCAACAACAAGACCAGCAGACGCCAGCUCAGCUAACCGCUAAAAUAAUUGACAGCACGAGUGCGGCAAAGACAAAUCAGCACCAGCAGCAACAAAAACAACAACAGCAAGACAAUGAUAAGCUGAAUAAUAUGAAGCGACAAGCGCAAGCUGCCAGCGAAGAAGACGAAAUUACGGAGAAAAUUGAAAAUGCCAAAGAAGUUGUUGUAGAGCGAACAACAACAGCAACAAAAUCUGAAGAAACAACAACAACUACAACAGCGCCAAUAACAACAGUGGCUGCGAAUGUUAACAAGCAGCAUGCAACAGCAACAGCCGAAACAAUAACAACAACUGUCAAAGCAGCAGCAACAACAACAACCAAAACUACAAAAACUGAUGACAACGCUUCAAGACAUGAAAUUGAGAAGCCAGUAAAGCGGGGCCCACAAACAAAAGAAAUAUCGGUGCUGACAACUAAUGUUGGAACAGAAGACAUGCCAGCAACCACAACAACAACAACAACUACUACUACAACCAUGCCAACAAUGACGCAGACGGAUAAGUUGCACACAAUAAAAGCCUCAACCGCAACACAAAAGCCACCGCAGCAAGAGCCAACCAAAACAACAACAACAGCAACAACAAUAGCUGAAGUCAUACUGCGAAACAAUGACAAUGCCGAGAAUGUACGUCCUUCAACACAAUCAAUCUUGGCCACAGCUGAUGCCGCUACCAACGCUCCAACUGCUUCCUCCGCAGCUUCCGCUUUCGCUUCCGCAGCAACCGUCACACCGUCAACACACACAAUUACAAUAACAACUGCAUGCAGCAGUGACACAGAUUUAGAUGCGACAACCGCCGACACCUUGGAUGCAAGCUCCACAACCGAAGACGCCACCGCCGGCAAGAAGCUGACGCGUGUACAUCGCACUUGCCAGCCGCGCAUCGAGAAGACACAGACACACAAGGGUAAGCACACGAAACAUCAUGCUGCACACACCAUUGAGCCACCGGCACCGACGCACAACUUCAUGAAGGAGGAGACCGAGACGCCGUCCUACAAGCCCAAUCGCCAUCGCGUGCUGACCAAACCGGAAACUGUCAGCUAUUUCAAGAAGAUUCUAGGUUAAGCGGACUAUGUGCGUUGAGUGAAGGAGUGAGUGCUGAGAGCGAAACAUUCAUAUGAGGUAGCACAGGUACGAGGUAAGCAGAUUGUAGGGUUGAGUUCUCGCACAUAUGAGGCAAAACAAAAACAAAAGCAAGUAAAAUAUAAAUAUAUAUUUACUUAUAAAGCAGCGCUAAGUUUGUAGUUAAGAUUAAAACAAAAUGUGAAACGCGGACUAAAGCAGAGAUAAUAGUUGUUUGCGAAGCAUAGCAUAGCUUAGGCUGAGAAAACACAAAGAUAUGUAGAGGCAGAUAAUAAUUGUUGCAAACGUCACGCAGCUUAACAACUCGGAUUUAAGUGAAAAAGUAAGCAGCUAAAGCAUAACAAAAUGGGAAAAAAAUAUAGCAUGUCAAUUUGGGAGAUAAGAAAAUGGUUUAGGAGAUAUAAAUUGGUCACAACAAUACACUUAAAGGUCAAAGGUAUGUUCGGUGACCCGAGAGUUGUGCUCGUGUUUUUUAUUAAGGACAUUAUAAUGCAUAAAUAUCAAAGGUGAGCAGGGUAUAAGCAAAAGGUUUACAUUGAUGUAUGUAGAUUUCGAUGAAGGCCAAAAUAGUUGAGUAUCAAUGCAUAGGUUUACACAAACUACUACACAUACACAGAAACACAGAAAAAAAAAAAAACAAAAUAAAAAGUAAAAAAAAUUUACAUACAAAUAAGCCAACACCAAAGCCAUGAAUAUGAUGUUAUACAUUUUUAAUGUUUUAUUAUUAAUAUAGAUUUACUAUAUAAGCCGAGAAAGUUAAAGCGUUUCAUAGUUCGUUCCACAGAUAACUAACUUUUCAUGCCAAUGCCACGCCAAGUAAUCUACUGGGUAGCUGGAGAGUUGUCUAGUCGAUGUUUUCUUAAACAGGAACUGUGUGAGCUACAAAUCAUUAAAAGUCCAAUGCGCCAAUUGAGCAUUCUUCCAUGUAAUCUGCAAUAUCGAGACUGUACUUAGCAGUAACUUCUGGGUCACAAGCCAAUAACCUAUGUUUCUUUAAUGUUUUGCCCAGAUGAUCUUGCACUAGGAGGAAGUCAACUAUUGAGUUACCUUACUCUUCUACUUUAAUUACUAGUACUCCAGCGUCUCUUCCUCAAUAGAUAGUUAUCACAAGCAUUAGAUAAAUACAGAACAGUUAAUUCUGAAAUAAGUCUGGCAAUAUCCACUUUUUUUUUUUGCUAAAUUGGAUAUUAUAUUAUUACUGUCUGUUCGAUGCUCUUCGUAGAACUGUAUGUAAGACAAUAAUUGGAAAUAUUUCGGUGAAAUCGGUGCAGAUCUUUAGGUAUACUAAUUUACGCUCAGUUAGCCUUGACGCAUGUACCAGUCUUAACUAGUAGCUUGCGAUUUGCCGACUCCUACCUGAGAAAGAUAGUUCGGUAAAUCAUAUGAAACUCCGCUCCUCUUUUGACUGCUAAAUACAACAUAGAGAAAGCCUCCUACAAUGCAGAUUCGUUAGUUAUAAAGAUAAGGGUCUGCCAUUAUGUUCGAAAAUUAAUUCUUGCUUGAGGAGGAAUUUUUAACCAACUUUUGCAGCAACAUUAUUGCGCCGAAUAUUCUUUUCUGUUGCAUCUACCUUCUUAAGCUUGUCUGCGGAGACAAGCGGCGAUUGUAUGGUGUUACAUCGCACGAUAUUGGGAGUUCACGCCUCAACAAAAGUUGCUCUCAGUUAAUAGAUUGUUUGGUUGAAUGUAGGCUAUAGCGUUCCCCAUUGACUGUAACAUUACAGCCAACUUCAUUUUUGAAGAAAUAUAGACCAAUGAUUCCCUCUGCCCAUAGAACACAUCAAAAAGUGAUUUGAUGGUCGUUUGGUUUUAUUUUGAACGAGUUGAAUUUUGUAAGUCCGCAAACCAAGCUGACUCAUAGACUCAUUCGGUUCUUUUACGAUAUUCUGCUCCAAAGCAGCAAUAGCUUUUAAAUGCUCUCUGUUCGGCAAUUUUUGAGGAUGCACGUUAUCCACUAGGUUAAAUGUGGUGUGAAACCGAUCCAUACGAUAAGUUCAACCAAAUAUUGGUAAGCGAUGAGUCGAAACUGAAACUGUGCAUAUGGUAAAUCAAACGACAGCUGUCAAAAAGGCCAACUCCGAAAAAUAUAGUGACGAAUUGAACACUACUCGUCAGUACAUUAGUAGAAAGUUUUUGCCAAGAGCUGCAGAGCUCGAUGAGCUGUUCGCGACAGUCAUUGGACAUUUUCAUGGCUUUAUAAAGUAAUAUUUAACCUCAAGAAAAACCUCUUGCAAUCUUUCUAAUUCUAAAUUGGAUAUCAUGGUUGAAGUAUUUACCGAUCAUGUUAAUAAUUUUAAAAUCAACGAUUUUUCAGAGGACUAGACUAUGAUUGUCGACAAAGGUGUCAAGAACUUGACUACGACUGUGGUACAAGACUUAACAGCCAUUAGAAGGGAGAGUGUUUUAAGGCGAGAAACAUUUGGCAAUUGAAAAUCUAGAAAAAUCCGAUUUACAACAUUAGAUUUAACAAAUUCAGAGGCAAAACACCAGACUAUUAAAGAUCGUUUUUGGAAUCAAAGCCGAAGAAGGUUAAUUAUCCCGUUCCUCUGACAAUUGAGUCUACGUAACUGGUACAACAACAAGAGCUAAUUCUCAAUACUAUUUGAACAAAGAUUUAGAUGAUAUUUUCAACAAAUUGAUUAGUUAUGAAACUUAUACAUAAAAUUACCUGUGUUUAGGGGAGCUGAAAUAUAAAAACACUUGAUUAUAGUCAGUUCAUUCGAAGCGAAGAAAUAACGCAUACUUUUAGACUUCAAUAGUAUGAUGAAUCAUGAAUUCUUGUCUCUAGAUCAAAUACUCAAUAAGAAGUUCUAUCUACAAGUUCAACGACCUUUUGCACGAUAAUGCUCUUGCGCACACUUCGUUGUUUGAUCGUGUAUUCUUGGCCAAUAACAGGCAUAUUAUACCCGCCAGACAAGCCUCCGUGGUCAAAAUCCUUUAGCAAGUAUACCCUUAUUGCUCUUUUUUCGAGUUACCAUUGGUCAAACCUACUCAAUGGAGGUUAAUGGAAUAUGAAAUUCGAGCUUCUUCGAGCCUUUCUAAAUUUUGUUCCUAAAGCAGAUUGGGGAAGUGUAAUGCACAUCUUAGAUGACAUAUGUUUUUGUAAUGGAUGUAUGUAUAUUGGAAGGGUUUUGUGGUUUUAAGUCUUGUCCAUUCUUCUUCUUCUUUACUGGUGUAGACACCGCUUACGCGAUUAUAGCCGAACAUUAUCUAUUACAAAACAUUAUUAAUGCCGUUGUAGGAAAGAUUUUAGCAAUAAUUACAUAUGUACAUAUUUGAUAAUAAUAAAAGUCAAGCUUUGCAUAUGACUAGUGAGACCACAAAAUACACAGAAUAUUUAAAUUAUUUAAAGUUUUAAUAAAUUACACAAGCAGAUUACUUGGCGUAAUUGGCAUUGGCAAACAAUCUAGCUAUAUAUAUUAUAUAACAGUAUGUUUACUGAGCAUUUCUAAUUGCAAUUAAAUAUUUUACAGUUGGAAAUAAUGAAAUUUUAAUUUUCGAAUAACAACAAAAGCAAGUAAUGAAUGUAUGAAUAUUAAUAUACAAAAAAACAAACCACAACAACAAAAGCAUUAAAUAAUCAAAUAAAAAAGUUAGCAAACAAAGUUUUGCGCAAAACUAAAAGCGCACAAAUAAAAACAAAAAAAUAACAACAAAAACGAAAACACACACACAGACACGCAUAAAAACAUAAAUGUGAGACAGAGUAGAAAAGAGAAAAAACCAAAAUAAAAACAAAUUUUAUUACUCAUUAUGUACAAUUAAAACCAAAAAUUAAUAUUAAGUCGUUUUUAAAUUGAUUAAACCAAACAAAACAACAACAACAAAAAACAGUGCGUUUAUGCGUGCAUUUAAAUGGUUUUUGUGUUUAGCAGUAAAACGGAAAACAAAAACAAAAACAACAUUAACAACAUUAAAGAAGCGAAAGAGCACACAUAAAAGCGCAUUUGAACAAUUUCGAGUCUGGUAAUAAUGACAACAACAAAACCAUAUGUUUGAAAAAAUAAAAUGAAUUAAUUAAUAAUAAAUGAUUAUGAACAGUUAUUAAGCCGACAUUGUGUAAGUGAGACGCAUAUGAGUUUGUGAAUGUGUUUCAGAGCGCUCGUUUAGUGUGUGUAUGUGUGUGUACGCUACAAAUUACAAGCGCCUAUAAUAGAACGCUUAAUAGUCUGCUAAAAGCUGGCGCAAGCUGUAGACGCAACAAGCAAAACACAUACACACACAACGGCUUAAAAAGCACACUCACAUACACGUAUGCAUAAUAAUGGGGUGACAAGGUGGUGCACUUGCAACAAAUUAUUUCGAACAUAUUUAAUUAUUUGUCUGCGCCGCAUUUAUUGUUGAGGCGGAAUUAAAGCGAUUGCCGUCAACAAUAAUUAAAAUUAAAAAACAAAAAAAAA